UGUUUUUUGUUAUAAACUAUGGCAUUUAGAGCGAGAGCCUUGUACGACUUUAGUUCCGAAAAUCCAGGAGAGAUAUCGAUUACUGAGAACGAAGUUGUUACUUUGUACAGCGAACAAGAUAUCGAAGGAUGGCUAGAGGGAGCUAACAGCAGAGGGGAGACGGGUCUUUUUCCAGCCUCAUAUGUGGAGAUUCUAAAAAAUGAAUCAUCUGACAUAUCGUCCAACAACAAUGUCAUGUCGGCAGAUCAUGAUCAACCCCACUCCCCAUCAAGUGGAUAUGAUUCAUCAUACCAUUUCCAGUCCCACUCUCGUGCUGAGAACAUGAACGUUCCUAACCCCACCCACUCUGCUUAUCCUGUGCAAACUCCACAGCACCACAGUUACCAGACCAGUCAAGGUAGUGAUGAUGACUGGGAUGAUGACUGGGAUGACAGCUCGACUGUGGCGGAUGAAUCUGGAACGAUACAUGACAAUGAUGGAACUAGUUCCACAGCAUACACGGUCACUACCACGUUGCCUGAGAGACGCUGCAGUGCCCAAGCCAAAAGUUCAGCCACAGUGGGAAAAAACCUCAACAGGUUCUCAACCUUUGUGAAAUCAGGCGGAGAGGCUUUUGUGUUGGGCGAGGCGGCUGCCUUCGUCAAGGACGGGGACAAUAUCUGUGUUGUCAUGGGCCAAUAUGGGCCAGAGUGGCAAGAAGACCCAUACCCAUUCACCUGCUCCAUCGAUGACCCCACCAAACAGACUAAAUUCAAAGGCAUGAAGAGUUACAUGUCAUACAGACUGACUCCCUCCCAUACCCAGAGCCAGGUGAAUAGAAGGUACAAGCACUUUGAUUGGCUCUAUGCCCGCCUAGUCGAACGAUUCCCUGUCAUAUCAGUCCCCCAUCUGCCUGAGAAACAGGCCACGGGGCGCUUCGAACAGGACUUUGUCUCCAAACGCAGAAAAGGUUUAAUAUGGUGGAUGAACCACAUGACGAGCCAUCCUGUCCUGGCCAGGUGUGAUGUCUUCCAGCAUUUCCUCACCUGCCCCAGCACAGACGAGAAGACGUGGAAGACAGGCAAGAGAAAGGCAGAGAAGGAUGAGUUGACUGGAGCUAACUUCUUCCUGACCAUCUCCACCCCGGCCGUUCCACUGGACCUACAGGAGGUAGAGAGCAAAAUAGACAGUUUCAAAGCCUUCACCAAGAAGAUGGAUGAGAACUGUCUGGUAGUCAACGCUACCAUCAACGAGUUUGCCAGGAAGCAGAUCACCGGCUUUAAGAAAGAGUAUCAGAAAGUGGGCCAGUCCUUCAAACUGCUUGGUCAAGCCUUUGAGAUGGACCAACAGGCCUAUUCUGUAGGGCUGAACCGUGCCAUAGCAUUCACAGGAGAGGCCUACGAGGCUAUAGGAGACUACUUUGCUGAGCAGCCCAGACAGGAUUUGGACCCCAUAUCGGACCUGCUGGACCUGUACAAGGGACACCUGGCCAACUACCCUGAUAUCAUACAUGUUCAGAAAGGUACGGUAUGGUGUCACAACUGUCUCUGGUCUCUGCCAUAGAAAUAGAGUUUAUAGACUGGUCAAAGCCCCUCUGACCAUGGCCAUUUGGCUGCACCCUCAUUAGUAUUUAAUUUCUUUGGUCACUAACCUCAGGGUUCAUGUCAUGCAGAUGUUAUGUUAAUGAUGAACAAAAAAUGAAGGUUGCCUUGGCUUUCCAUGAAAUCCCUUGCAUCAAAAUCCUUUGUGUUUUGAAUGUUACUUCAGUUCAUGUAACAUGAUGCACACAUGUUUUGUAUUAUGUUAAACUUUUGUGCUCGCUGGCAAAAGUUUGCUGUUACAGUUUUUGAUGUUGAGUAAUGCACUCGAACAUGACUGGAAGGGUAUGAUAUUUCAUUCGCUGUCCUUGCACAAAUUUUGUCUCACACCCACUCGAGAGUGAGAUCAGAGGUUGGGACUUUGGCACAUAAACCUCUGACAUCUGCCAAAUGCUGAAGUAACCAUUUGAAUAGAACUCAGCCAAAGGAGCCUACAAUCACAUUGCAGGGCUCAAAGAUACUGCAGAUAGGCCUAGUCUUCGAGGAAGGAAACAUGGCUCAACAGAACUCUCUCAUUCUCAUUUGACCAAGUAACACAACAUUCUCUGAUUUGUCACUUUGAUUUAUCACACAGUAGGUACAUAAAUAUGGGGCACUGUUUGUUACAUGCUAUGCAGUCCAAGUUCAAUUGAGACAUUGAAGGUUAGGUUAUCCUACAUCUGAAUAGAAUGAGGAGGAGGAUAUUCCGGGGCCCCUUGUCCGGCGUUGCCCUGGGAAUGUUGGAAUGCAGAAUGGAAGCAGCCUCAGGAUUAAAUUAUUUUCCUCUCCAAGGGUGGGGAUCUGGGGAGCUGCUCCACAGUAUUGCCUGGAGAAACUUCUUACCACUGGCACUGGUUCUGUAAUCACAGCUCUGAAAAGAACAAAGUCCAAGUUAAUUUCAUAUCAUGAGUAUAUUUAUUAAUCCAAGUUUGUGUGGGUGUGUGCGUGUGUGACGUGUGUUGUAUUUAUAUUCCCUAGAUAAGGGUGUAUUCUAAUGGCUGUAGUGAAGGUUAUUCAGUAAAGCAGCGGCGAAGUCUUAUCUUCCAUUUACACAUUCAGAGCUCAAGUAUGUGUACUUCACAGUAACACUUUUGUGGUUCAUGUCUCAUUACAACUUGUACAAUUAUUGCUGUUCUUAGCUAUUCACUUAGAAAAAGGUUGUUCAGUGUUUGUGGCCUUGGAGAACCUCUUAGCCUGAAUACUCCACAGAGCAAUAAGCUGUAAAUCAGACCGACUGCUUUGAGUUAGACAAUUUUAACUCUGUGUGAGUGGGACCACAGAGCAUUGGCUUCAGUCUACUACUCUAUGGCCAGAGAGCAAAUGGUACGAAUCCAUGGUCAACUCCUUUUUCUGCGUCAUGUUAAAACUUUUCAAAAAGGCAGAUUUAGGAUUCAACUACAGUUUGCACGACUAAAGAUAGCCUUUUUCCUUUUCACCACUAAUAGGAAUACUUUUGAUACCCUUCUCUCAAACCCUUUCCAUGACCCCUUUCCCACCCAUCUUUUUCCCCUCUCCCUCUCCUCCACCUCUCUCCUCAGGUGCCCUGACCAAAGUGAAGGAGUGCCAGAAACAGGAAGGGGAGGGAUCAACCAUCAACGAGCGUUGUAACAUCAUUUCCUGCGCCACGCUGGCUGAGAUCCAGCACUUCCACCGCACGCGCGUACGUGAUUUCAAGAGCCAGAUGCAACACCACCUCCAGCAGCAGAUCGGCUUCUUCCAGAAGAUCACUGGGAAGUUAGAGGAGGCACUGCAGAAGUACGAAGAAGAUAUAAUAUAA